GGCUUCGCGACCGUGUCGGUUCGCACAGUUUCCGCCAGAAAGCCAUUGCGCGAUGAGGCACGCGUUCGACAGUGGUCCAGUGUCCAGUGUUACGGAAUCAGCACCAGUGCUGUUGUUGUUGGUGAACGUUUAACGAUUGCCCGAGCUGCUGUACGUACGGGCAUGCAUUGCCCACGAUAAACAUAUCUCCGUGUGAUUUCCACUGAGUGUGUGAGUGUGUCGUGCGAGUGUGUGAGUGGAAAAGAAAGCCGGUACGAACGUGCCAAGCCUAUCAUCUAUCGAAGCAACUUCGAAGUGAGCAGAGCUAGUGAAGCAGCGUGUGCAUCCAUCGUGUGCACCAUGUAGGUGGGAAAAGUUUCGCUAAGUAGGAUUUUUCCAAGCCCCAAGUGAAAACCCGGAAAAAGGUGUCUGUUUGGUGGGUGAAGAGAAAAAAAAGCGAAUUGUGUGUGUGUGUGUGUGUGUGUGUGUGUUCUGGUGCACCGAGAGCGCGAGAGAAGCAAAAUUGCGCCAUUGCAUCCUGAAAGUGCUGUGUGCGUGGUUAAGAUCUAGCAUUCAUUGGUGUGUUUGACGGGGGGGAUAUGUGUGUGUAAAGGGAAAUUAGGAAAGUGGUUCCGGUAUUUGCAUACACACACCAGGUAGAAGAAGCUUCCGGUUCGACUCGUGAACGAAACAACCCUAGCAACAGAGAAGGCACAUCAGCUGAUCUAGGCCCAGAUCUAGUCAUCUUGGAUGCCCAAAUAUAUUCGGGCCUAGAGAGGUCUGUGGUUGCUGAGUUGAUUUAUAUUAUUUGCUUCCCUUCUUUUCACCGGGCGUAUCGUCAGCUGUGUGUGUGUGUGUGCCACUAGUGAAGUUCGUAAUGAAUGGUGGCUAGUGGAAGAUCUUCACGAGUUUGAACCACGAACGACGACGACGACGGCAUCAUCGUGUUAAAGUUGGGCAAGAUCUAGUCCAGCAAGAAAAAAUCGCGCCAAAGGCAAAGAGAGGCAAAAAAACACACAAAAAACAACACCAUCCAGGAGGAGGGAGGAGGGGUUUGUCCCUUUGGUUUUUAAUGACGACAGCAAGGACGAAAGCAACCGAAACAACACCAUGACGUUAAGGAUAAUACCGAUCCUGCUCAGCGCGUCCGCUCUCAUCCUGCUGGCGCUAAACUUUGACUCGGCAACCGCUAAUAAUCAUCAAUUAUCGUCAUCAUCAUCAUCGUCAGAGGCAGCAGCAGAAGCACCAGCAUCCAGCACGACAGUAUCCUCGGCAUCGCCGUCACCGUCGUCGGUGGCAACAUGGAAAGCGAAGGGUGCAGUCAAAUAUCCCCCAGCCGUCGCCUGCCGGUUGGAAGCCGGUGUGCGAGCAGCACCACAAUUAGUAGACAAUAAAAUCCACGACAAACUGCAACAGCACCAACCGGCAGACUCUGACGCACCGGCUCAAGGGCGCCAGAAGCGAGAGGAUAUUUUUAGCGAUAAUGUUCUUACAAAUAAUUAUCAGCUUAAUGGUGAUGCCGGUCGUGCAUGGGACGCGCCAGUGCAGUCGCGGAUCACGGAGGAGGUGCUGCUCGUUAGCAAUCUGACCGAGGAACGGGCCCGCGAAGAGAACGAGCUGCUCGAGCAUCUGAAUCGCGACCGGUUCCAUGGCAGUCAAAUCAAGCUUGAAAAUAGUGAGGACGGAAGUGUGGACGCGAAAACCGGCCCUCAGCGCGGCGGUAAAAAGGGCCGCCGACGAAAAGGACACAAGAAGCACAAGCACAAGAAGAUCAAGCUGCUUCCGGUGACGCUGGUCGGUGUGCCGGUCGGCGACGACGGUCAACCGGAUACCGGCAUCAUCGAGGGCCUAACGAACGGUGCUGGCGGUGCGUGGUCCUUGAAGCUUUCGCCCAACGUGCAAACUCAACUCGCCGCCAGUUCAACCGGUGGCGAUGGCGAUGAAGCGUCGGCCAAACCGGUUCGCCCAGCGCCGGAAGAGCCUGCCCCGGCCACGGUGGAUGGCAGCAUGGUGGAGGUGGUGGACGUGUGGAAGGAAACUACAAUGCCUCCGUCGGCAGACCAUGGUAGCUCCGGACCGCGAUCGUCCCGGCAGGACCUCGACCUGCCCAAAGACCGACGUCCGAUGGCAAUGGUUUCCGGUGUGGGUGAAGGUGGUGGACACCUGGUGUUUGGGAGUGUGGAUGGCAUGCAAAUUCUGCCCGCCGCCGGUCAACCGGAUGCACAGCGCACGAAGUGGAACCGUGAGCAGAGGAAGCGUGAAAAACAGCAACGGAAACAAUUACAGAAAGCCGGGCCAGGGCAGAGAAAAAUCGUCAAUCCACCACUGCCACCACUGCCGUCCGGUGUGACAGUGUCCAGCGCCAGCACGGUCACCUUCCCGGCGGACGAUCACAAGGGCACGGAGACGGUAUCGGUGGCGCGCGUCAUCAUUUCGGGCGAUUUGUCCUGCAUGAAGGACGACUUCAUCCCGGCGCCGGCGAUCGCCAACGGUGACAUCAAAUAUUUGCGUAACGAUUUGUACGGGUUGGAAAACUCCUUCCUCGAGGCGGAAUAUCACUGCCGGCUGGGGUACCGGUUGCGGCUGAAGGACGGACAAAGCCGGCCGGUCGUCACAUCGACCGGUGCCAUCGCCAACGCCAAUCUGGUGUGCCGUAAGUCGCGCUGGAUCGGCAAACGGCCGGCCUGUGUACGGAUUAAGCCGUCCCAGCGUCUCCCGGCGGCCCCGUUUUCCACCGGCGACCCAUCCACGCUAAGCCCGCAGACCGGGCCGUCGGGUAAUGGGACGGGCGACCGUUCGAUGGUGAAUCCUUGCGGAAAGGAUCAUCGGUGUCCGCAGGCAUGCCACCGGGUGACGACCGGCAAGAGUGGAACGCCGAACGGCAGCUUAAAUCGCACCACAGUCUGCUCCUGCUACAAAGGAUUUAAAAUGGUCAACCAUCGAUGUGUAGAUAUCAACGAAUGCAUCGAGUACGGGGAGGAUGUGUGCGAGUACGGCUGCUCCAACACGAUCGGGUCGUUUACAUGCAAAUGCCCGAGAGGUUUGCGAGUUACGGACAAUAAUAAAUGCAUGGAUGUAAACGAGUGCCUGCUGCGAAACGGGCACGGCCCAUGCCAGGAUACGUGCAUCAACACGUGGAGCAGCUACAGGUGCACGUGCGAUGGGCUGCCCGGGACACGGCUGGCAGCGGACGGGCAUAGCUGCGAGGACAUCGACGAAUGUACGGUCAACAAUGGCGGCUGUUCGCACACCUGCCUCAAUACGCUCGGGCGGGCGUUUUGCGUGUGCCCCGAGGGCUACAUGCUGGACGAGGACUGGAAGACGUGCAUCGAUGUGGACGAGUGUGCCAACCAGCGAUCGAUCGCCAGCGAACAUCGGUGUCACGGACGGUGCAUCAACACGGUCGGCUCGUACCGGUGCGAGGUGGGUGAGCCGGGCGCCGAGGGUGGGGCUGAGCUGGCCGGCGGAAGGUCAGGUCAGGGCGAUGGUGCCGGUGAGGGAGGUGAGCAGGAGCAACCGGACUACGACACGCUCUGCCCUACGGGAUACCAUUUCAACACGACCAUGGGCGAUUGUCAAGACACGAACGAGUGCAGCAUCUCGAACGGCGGAUGUCAGCAACAUUGCAUCAACAGUGACGGAAGCUACUACUGUUCGUGCAAAUAUGGCUUCAAGCUGGACAUCGACAAGCGCUCCUGCCUGGUGCUGAACGACUCGUUAAGGUUAGCGGACGUCGCCUGCCCACCACUGUUCCCGCCCCGUCACGGUUACCUCGAGUGCAGCCGACCGAUCGACGAAAUUGCGGACGGACCGAGCGGUGGCAGUCUCAAGAUUACGAACCGCCCGGGCAGCCAGUGCAUCCUCAAGUGUCCCACCGGUUACCGGCUCGAGGGCAAGUUUUCCAAAAUCUGUGGCACCACCGGCGAAUGGAUUGGCGAUGAGAAUGGCACCUGCAUACGAUAUCCCCAACCGAAGCUACUCUGUCCGACCAGUGUCAACGUGGAGCUACAUCCGAACGAGACCGAAACCACAACCGUGCGACUGCGACGACCCGAAACCGACGUCAGCUGGGAACGGGACGUUCAGGUCGAGCCGUACUGGGUAAAGAAGGACAGCUUUACGCUACCGCUCGGUAGCCUUAACGUGACCUACUCGGCCAAACAUCCCGUCUCGAAGCUACACACCGACUGCAGCUUCUUCAUCAAUGUUCUGCCUGGUUCACCGCCGCGAGUAGACUUCUGUCCGGACACGCAGGUGUACACGAUCGAAAGACGCCAUCAGAGCGUGAAGGCAACGUGGGAGGAGCCCGUGUUUUCGGACAACGUUGGUGUGGUGACGAUUACGAAAUCGAACAGCCCUGGAACAGACUUUGGUGCCGGUAGUCAUCUCAUCACGUACGAAGCGCACGACGACGCAGAAUGGAAGAGCAAGUGUGUGUUCAAGAUCGUCGUCAACCUAAGCCCGGAACAGCAACAGCAACCGACCGCCCAGUCCCACUUUCAGCUACCGAUUCUGUACAAUCGGUUCUACUUCUAAGAGAGAGGGACAUGAUCCUUCCCCAGUCUCAGCCGAACAUAUUGUAUAGAAGAUGAUGAGGACAUAUUUUACAAAAGGAAUGCGUGGUCGUAAUGCGCAUUACUUUCGAUCGUGAAGUAAUCGAGGGCGAUUUUUUUUCUCGACGGUUGGAAAAAGAUGCAUUGAAGCAGGUAGGUGCAAGCUUUUUAUCGUCGCAAAACAGGUCAGAUGGGUUCGGAGCGGUGCUUGAGGUGCAAAGUGAAAUACAAUAACACAAGAGUUUAUUCUAUACACUACGGAACAUGGGCUGUGGCAAAACAGACGGCAGAAAGUUUGAGAAUCGAAGCUCAUGUGUUUCUGCUGCCUGCUUUCCAUGGUCCUCUCUGUCUUAAGAGAAGUUGGAGGAGAUUAUACAUAAGAAGCAAAUAUCAAGCCGUACAUAUACAGAUCCCAGUAGAUUGGUAAGGAACCUUUAGCUCGUAAGCUAUAAUUCUGUGUGAAGAAAACCCAACCCACGAACGAUUCCAUUCCCGAGGAGAAAGGAUUAAUCAAAAAAGCAAAAGCCCCAACUAAAUCAAUAUACACAGAGCCCGAUGGUGAUGGUGUUUUAGUUUGAGCUAGAAAAAAUGAGCCACCGAUUAGGUCGGGGUGUGCCCGACGGUUGGCAUUACUGUACAUAGCAUCUUUCGCUGAAUUUGCAAAUUAUUCACACAAAAAACAAGUAAGAGAAAAAGUAAGAUAGGACGACGAAAAUUGAGGUGAAAAUGCUUUUCUACUCAAGAACAAUAACAUUCCCGUAAGAAAAUCCGGCAGAAAGAGCUCAAACCGUGCUAUAAGACGACACGAUGUUUUGCGGUUUGCAUACACCUUGUCUUGCUGCACUGGUUAACACUCAUAAGCGCCUCUAGGUUAUGCAAAUCGCAAACAGCACGAUUGUCUCCUAGCAACAAGUUUCGCUAACGCAAGCGGACGGAUGAUUGAACCAAAAAAACCCGUAGUCAGCUGAAGCUUUAGCAAAAACAAACCUGUAGAGCUAAGAAAAGGCUUUAGUUUGGUGGUUUUUAAUGUAAAAUAGUGCAGCAAACCCCCAAAGUCCCAUGGAACGCUCUUCACGCUCUCCUACUAAACACUUCCAAACACCCGCAAAGAGACCUAAACAAGUGCUGAUACUACCAGGUCCGGUGAAUAUAUCAUCAAACCCCCUUCGGAGCGAGCGAAUCAGGAGUGAACAAGCGUUGGAUGAGUUGGAAGUCUGUAUAAAGGCAUCUGAAGGCUACUUCCGCUCGGAAUGGUGGCGGGAAUUUCAAUAUCAAUAAAACCGAAAACAGUGAUGCAAGUAAUUUCAGACAAAAUGGAACCAAACAA